ACCAAUUGUCUUGCGGCCGAAAUUACUGAUUAUCCAAUCAGGGUACGGGAGGGAACAUACAGUCUAUCAACCACUUAAGUCUAGUAUCAGGUGGAUUCAUUUAGUACAGAAGUUAAGCGGCUCUGGUUAGGAAUAAUUGGACACCUCGUGCCAGUCAACCCAUUUUUGUGUCAACUGGUUAUAAAAAGAACUUGACCAAAUGGAUCAAAAGAAACCUCCUGAUCUCGGUAGUAUGUCGAGCAUGUCUUGGCUGGGACGCAGAGGAGGACUACAGCCUCAGGACCCGGCUGUAGGGCGCAGUAGAGGGCUGCUGCUCUCUCCCGAAGGGCCUAAUAUAGGACGAGCCAGAGGUUUCCCCACUCUUGGCGAUACCCCACAAGGGCUGGGAGUAACUUUACCCAUUAUUGAACCUGUGGUUGGCCGAGCUAGAGGGCUGCUCUUCCCAGCAGCUGAACCAAAGGUAGGGGUGGCAAGAGGUGCCAUCAUGCCUAGUCUGGAGACGCAGCACAGACCGAUGGCUCCACAUGAAACCCAGACGCAACACCAAACAGUGGAGACCUCUGCUUCAACAACAAAAGAGGUUGACCUGCCUACCUUUGGUCAAAGAUCAUCACUGGUCUCAAUGUUCAGGGGAAUGGGCAUUGAGCCAUCAAUGACCUCAUGGGGAAGAGGAACACCACCAGUAGGAAGAGGAGCAGCUGGAGAUUUGGGUGAUGCAAAGCUGCAAGGUACCCCCAUAGGUGUCAUCAGCAGCCCAGAAAGCUUCGGCCAACUUGAAGAGGUUAUGGGCAGAGGCAGCAGUUUCAGUUUCCAUGGCCGAGGUUUGUCCCCUCAGACGAUGGUAGGGCUUGGAAGAGCAGCGAUGCCUAACCUUGGAGUAGGAAGAGCACGUCAGCUACCGCUUUCUCCUGGUCGUGUUGAGUCUGUUUCUGAAGCCUGUGAGCAACAAGCAGUCCUACACACUCAGACUUCCCCCUCAGGAACCGUGCCCCUGUUGCCCACCACUCAAGAAGUGAUGGAGCUUUCUGCUGUUGCACCAGCGAAGAUGGAGCUGAAAAUGGAGGCAGUCCGUGAGCCACCUAAUAAGGCUGGAACGAAAGGAGCUCUUAUAAAUAUUGGCUCAAACCACAUCACGAUUCGUUGCAAGAAUGAAGCUGUUUAUCAGUACCAUGUUACAUUCACUCCAAAUGUUGAAUCAAUGGCAAUGCGUUUUGGCAUGAUGAAAGAUCACCGUUCAGCGACAGGGGAAGUAAUAGCUUUUGAUGGCUCUAUACUCUUUCUGCCUGUUAAACUGAAAGACGUGGUUGUUCUCAAGAGUGUGAGACGAACCGAUAACGAGGAAAUAGAACUCCAAAUCCAGAUGACAAAGAUUUUGCCACCCAACUCGGAUCUAUGCAUUCCAUUCUACAAUGUGGUGCUCAGGAGGGUAAUGAAAAUCAUCGGGCUGAAGCUGGUGGGUCGAAAUCAUUACGAUCCAGAAAGCGCAGUCAUUCUUGGAAAACAUCGGCUGCAAGUGUGGCCAGGUUAUUCAACUGGCAUCAAGCGCACAGAUGGAGGCCUGUACCUGAAUGUGGAUGUGUCUCACAAAGUCCUGCGGAAUGACUCUGUGCUGAAUAUCAUGAACAUGCUGUAUCAACAGAGCAAAGAGAACUUCAGAGACGAAUGCACCAAAGAGCUCAUCGGCAGCAUCGUCAUCACCCGCUACAACAACCGCACCUACCGCAUUGAUGCCAUCGAGUGGAACAAGUCACCCAAAGACACCUUCACUUUGAUGGAUGGCACAGAAACCACCUUUGUUGAAUACUACAGCAAGAACUAUGGGAUUACCAUCAAAGAGAUGGACCAACCUCUACUCAUGCAUCGGCCAAAGGAGAGGGCUAAGCCAGGAGGGAAGCAAAUCAUUACUGGAGAGAUCCUUUUAGUACCAGAGCUUUCCUUCAUGACAGGAAUCCCAGACAAAAUGAGGAAGGACUUCAGAGCUAUGAAGGACCUGACCAUGCACAUCAAUGUGAGUGGUGAGCAGCACACCCACUCAAUCAAACAGCUUCUGAAGAACAUCAGCACUAACCCUGAGAGUCAGAAGGAGCUCAGCCGAUGGGGACUGGACAUUGACUCAGAAAUCCUGAUGACUAAAGGUAGAAUUCUUCCUCUAGAAACCAUAUGUCUACAGUCAUCAUCCUUUACCACUGGUGCUGAUGUAUCCUGGUCCAGAGAGGUUGUUAGGGAUCCUUCAAUCAGCUCUAUCCCAUUGAACAUCUGGUCCAUCUUCUACCCUCGCCGCUGUGCAGAGCAGGCUGAAGAGCUGGUUUCCAUCUUCAACAAGGUGGCCGGACCUAUUGGGUUUCGACUGGAGCGACCCAUUCGUGUGGAGCUGAAGGAUGAUCGCACUGAGACUUACGUCAAGAGCAUCCACUCUCAGCUGACUAGUGAGCCCAACAUGCAGCUCGUAGUGUGCAUCCUGGUCGGCAACAGAGAAGAUCUCUACAGUGCCAUCAAGAAGCUCUGCUGUGUCAAAAGUCCCAUCCCAUCCCAGGCCAUCAAUGUCCGCACCAUAUCCCAGCCACAGAAGUUAAGAAGUGUUGCCCAAAAGAUACUCCUGCAGAUAAACAGCAAGUUAGGAGGAGAGCUAUGGACUGUCAAUGUCCCUCUGAAACACUUGAUGGUGGUGGGAGUUGAUGUCCACCAUGACACCAGCAAGGCACAUCAAUCAGUCAUGGGCUUUGUCGCAAGUGUGAACAGCUCACUGACCCGCUGGUACUCCAGAGUAACUUUCCAGACACCCACUGAGGAACUGAUCAAUGGCUUCAGAGUUUGUUUAUUGGCUGCACUGCAGAAGUACUACGAGGUGAACCACAACUUGCCAGAGAAGAUCGUGGUGUAUCGGGAUGGUGUGUCAGAUGGUCAGCUAAAGAUGGUGGAGCAGUACGAGAUCCCACAGUUGAUCAAAUGCUUUGAGACUUUCCCCAGCUAUGAGCCCAAGCUGGUCUUCAUUGUGGUCCAAAAGCGCAUCAGCACCACCCUCUACUCAUUUGCUGCAAACAACAUUGGCACACCUCCACCUGGAACUGUUCUGGAUCACACCCUUACUCAGCAAGACUGGACGGAUUUCUUUUUAAUGGCACAUUCCAUUCGCCAGGGCUGUGGAAUUCCGACACACUACAUCUCCCUGUACAACACGGCAAACCUCUCACCAGACCAUUUGCAAAGGCUGACUUUCAAAAUGUGCCAUUUGUACUGGAACUGGCCGGGCACCAUUCGUGUGCCAGCACCAUGCAAGUACGCCCACAAGCUGGCUUACCUGUCUGGACAGUACUUGCACUCCGAGCCGGCCAUCCAGCUUUCAGACAAGCUCUUCUUCCUUUGAGCUGAGCCGAACUACCACAGGCAAACUGCUCAGGUUACAGCAAAACCAGCUGUGAUGAACAAUUGCACUGAAUGACAAACGACUCAUUUGAAUUAAUGAGGUAUUCAUUAUUUUAUAAUAUGUCACAGAGUAGGAAAAGCACAAGUGUGUUCAAUAACAAUAAUGAUCGCUGCAUUCCACUUAACAGAUGCCCUGGUAUUGUGCAUGCUGGCGGAAAAGCUUACUGGGACACUUGAUAAAUCUGAGCCAUCUUUAAUGUUUUAAUUAAAAGUGAAUCCGUUGUGAGUUUGGCAAAGUUACUAAUACUGGGUACAAAGUUUGCAAAGUUUUCAGUAUUUUCUUUUAGCCACUGUUCCUGUGGCAAAAUUAUUGGUCAGGGUUUUGUUAAUGUUAAGACCUUCCUGUACUGUCCUUGCUGCGCAUUUUCUUGUGCAAAGCUAAACAGCCAGGUAAAAGUCCUCCAAUAAACACAUGGCUUGACUUGUCUUGCACU